GCACUCCUCCUCUCGAUUUUUCCCCGUUCACAAGCCGCUGUAACCCGACCAGAAGAGCUUCUUCGCAUCCGAGAGGCUGGGGCUGGUGGUGGUUCGAUUUGCUCGAUUUUGCUCGAUUAGUUUUAUACAAGCUCGGCGUUUGGUACGGUGGUCGUCCGUUGGUUUUCGGUGCUCAUCCGUUGGUUUUCGGUGGUGCUGAAACGGGCCAUUUCGAUCAUUUAAGAUGAAGUGGUUAGCUUUAUGCGUGCUGGCUAUUAUCGUAGUAAUAAGCUUAGCUGUAGCCGAUGGGGAAGUAUGGGAGGAAGACGACCAUGAAGUACUCAUAAGGAGUGAAAGAGGCGCCAAAAAUCGCGGUAAGCAAGAGUGCAGAUACGGCAAGGGCGCAUGGUCGGAAUGCGAUCCGAAAACGAAUCAACGAUCUCGCACGCUCAGCUUGAAGAAGGGCAAUCAAACGAGUUGCGAGCCCACUAAAACGAUUCAAAAGAAGUGCAAAAAAGCUUGCAGAUACGAAAAAGGUACUUGGAGCGAAUGCAACGUCCAAAGCCAGAUGACGAGGAACGACAAAUUGAAGCCCAACAGCGACACUUCUUGCGAAUUGACCAGACAAAUAUCGAAAAAAUGCAAAGCAAAAAACGCCAAACCGACAAAAGAUAAGAAAGCUCCUCGUCGCAACAGGCAGUAAAGAAAAUUUAGCGAAUUAGGAUUAAAAUAAUAAGUCGAAUAACUUACCCUACUCCUUCAUCUAGCGAUUUCAUCCAAAAAUAUUCAAAUCAAACUCAUCCAACUAUAAAUAUAUAUCAUUAAUCGUUAAAUAGUUUCUAUUGUAAUAUGUAUAAAUCAUAAUUUCUGUAUACAGGGUGUCUCUUAAGUCUUAUAACUGCGUAUAGAUCUUUUAAGUCUAAGCAACUUUUUCAAGUAAUUUUUUUAGUAUUCUAAAAAAUAAAAAAGAUGGAAAUUUUUGAAAAUUUCUUUAAAUUUCGAAUAUUUUCCAAUACGUACCUGCCAUUACCAUGCAGGUGUCAAAAAAUAAUAAAUAAUUAAUGACAAAAAUUUAAUUUUUCGAUUGCUGAAUUGAAAAUGGCUCAUCUUUAUGGAAAUAAUAAAUUGGUGGACAUGCCAAUUAUUUAUGGAUAGUUUCCAAAUCGUUUCCAAUCAAAAUGGUGACAAUUUUGAGCGGUUCCUUUAACUUUUAACGAACAGGGCCGUAUUAAUAAUUAAAAAUUGAAAAAACAUGCUCUCUUAUUUUCCAGAAUAUUACAAAAUUCUACUUGAAAAAGUUGCUUAAAAUUAAAAGACCUGUAAGCAGUUAAAAAAAAGAACUCAUGAGACACCCUGUAUGUAUACCCAUAUAUUACAAUGUUUCAGUCGUUGCGAGCAAAAGUUGCCGGAAUUAUGCCGUCGAAUUGGGAUUUUAAUUCGUUAAAAUUGGCUGCUCCGAAUUACUCGAAUUUACUUUUACCCUGCUUAAAAGUUAACGCGAGACAAGACGAACUUAUAAAUAAAUCAUGCCGGGGAACUGGACACAGGUCCUCAUUAAUAUGCCGGCUUGUUAUGCACGAAGACACGACCGUACGCACCGCAUAAAUUCGUUCCAUUUCCGAUUCCGAACGCGGCCAGAGAGCAACGAAUAAGAAUAAUUCCGGGCAAAUAAACCAUUGUUCGUAAUGACAAACGGAUAAAGCAGAUCCAUUUUCGUAAGCGUGUAGGCCUAAGGUCCUCACUGCCAUGCAUCGUAGUUUAAAUCCAUCAUCAUCAUCAUCAUCCCCCGACCCUCGUCCGAGUCUUUAUUAAGUAAUACAUUUCGUGAACCCGAUUUUAAUGGAGAUAUCAUGCGUAAUUUUAUGGCAUUGUUAACGAACCGUUACAGACUGUUAUUUUGUAAGACAACGAGAAUUGUUUUAAUGUGUUCACAAUUUUAUUGCUAAUUAUCUUGUGUGAUGCAUAUACUAAGUUGUAAAAACAAUUCCAGCUAUACUAAUGGCUGUAAUUAUGCAUAGUGAUGUCACUGAGUGUAGCCAAUCAUUGUGCUCUGUUUUAAGAUCAACCAAUAAGAGCCCUCGGUGAAUAGUGGCGUCACAGCUAAGAAUUUUAGCCAUUUACUAUAGGUAGAGUUUAUUAAACAUGUAUCAGCUUUACAAAGAAUUUCCACGGUCUAUUUAAACACAUCGAAUUUGAAUUUUACGUCUCCAUUAAAUGGCGAAUUUAAGAAUGUAUAGAUGUUUGUUGUAGAAAAAAAAAUACAUUUACUGGUAAAUCAUUAAAAUAUACGUAGGCAGUGUGUGUUAUAAUCUAUAUUGUUUUAACUUAGAAUACCUACUUGCGUUUUAAUAUUUUUUACUUGAUAAUUUAAGGAUAUAAUAUUAUAUGUGGCUGUAAACUUAAUACUAUAUCAAUGUAUUUGACACAAUUCUAUUAAAAAAUAAAAUGUUUAAAAGAUA